UUGCUAUACACCAAGUACCUACCAGACUGUAUCAGUUGAUCUUCGCUCAAAGAUCUUUCGUAGGUACGUCGUAUAUUUUUUAUUUUUAUAUGUGCGAUUCGUUCUCAUCUCGUGAUAAACACACUAGAAUGAUUUUCUAUACUGACAGAUGAAUAUAACUUUCCAAUCACGAAUGAUCGGUCGGUUACAAUAGACGUAGAUUUUAUAUGCUCAAUUGUGGACGUACGAAGAUGAUUACAAUUGUUGCACUUCAUUAUUGAUGAAAAACAACAAAUUCAAACGGAAGAAGAGGUCAACUUUGGAAGAUUUUUUAAAUCAAAAUGGCGAGAAAUAUUAAAAUUAUUCUGUACGUAUGUGGAAGUGCUCUCUGUGUUAUAGGAUUUAUACUGAUCUUAAUUUGGAAACCAGUGUUCGAUUACCUUCUAGUCAAAAAUAUUGCUCUAACUAAUGGCUCUCUAACAGAACAAACGUGGAUUCAAAAUUCAGUUCCAAUAUAUUUCAAAGUUUACAUGUUCAAUUGGUCUAAUCCAGAGGAAACGUUGAACGAAAAUAAAAAGCCCAAUUUCGUUGAAAUGGGACCCUACACAUUCAAAUUUUUGCAAGUGAAAUCGAACAUCGUUUGGAAUGAAAAUAGUACUUUGACAUUCAAUUCUGAUCGAAUUUGGACAUUUGUCCCAGAAAUGUCUAAUGGCAACCUUUCUGAUCUCGUUACCAACAUUAACGCAGUAGCUAUGACAAUUGGUGAUCGAGCUAAAGAUUGGAUCAAAAUAGGAAAAAUUGCUGUAAACGAAGCUUUGGAAGUGCUCGAAGGAAAAAUUUACGUCACGAAAACAGUCGAAGACCUACUUUUUGAUGGAUACCAAGACAGAUUGUUAAAUAUCGCGAAUUAUAUAAAACCCAAAAUCCCUUUCGAUAUUGGCUAUCUACCUGAAAAAUUCGGAUGGUAUUUCAAGAAAAAUGUAUCAGAAAUCGACGUAUUUAAUAUUCACACCGGUACCGAUAAUAUCAAUCUACUGGGUAAAGUGAAUUCGUGGAAUUAUUCGACUCAAUGUGGCGUUUACAGCGAUAGCUGCGAUCGAGUAAGAGGAUCAUUGGGGGAUCUAUGGCCAAUGAAUAUCAGUGCAGAAAAUACAGCUUCCAUAUUUGUAUCAGAUUUUUGCGGGGCUUUCGAUUUAAUCAAAGUAGGUAACACAGAAAGAUUGUACAACGUGGCCGGAGUACGUUUUAUCGGUACCGAAAGAACUUUCGAUAAUGGAACCAGGUUCCCAGAAAACCUUUGUUAUUGCAAAAAUUACCAAUGCCAGUACUUAUCAGGAAUCAGAGAUGUGUCUGAUUGCGUUCAUGCACCUAUUCGUAUUUCAUUUCCUCAUUUUUACUUGGCUGAUGAGAGUUAUAGACAGAAUGUCAGUGGUAUGGAUCCUGUGCUUGAAAAGCAUCAGUUUUCUGUCACUUUGCAAAAAGAUUCUGGAAUACCAAUGGAGAUUUUUGCUCGAUUACAGAUCAACGUCGACGUUCAACCUUAUCCAGGAAUAGCUUUCUUUUCUCGUUUGCCAAAAGCAAUGUUCCCAACAGUAUGGUUUGAAGAACACGCCGAAUUGCCUAACGACCUAAGAGGCAAACUGAAUUUACUUUUCACACAACUUCCGGGUUGGUUACCAGUUUCUGCAUUUGUUUUGAUGACUCUCGGCGCCAUUAUUAUUACCAUCGGAUGUAUAAGUUCACGAUUUUAUCGUCAGAAUUCCGACUCCGAAGUUCCCUACACCACUCAGACUGAAUAGCUGAUAAAAAGCUUAUCAUUUUAUGUAAUAUAGAUGUAGAACUCAAUACCUACCUAUGAACUAUUAUAAUCUGUCUUGCUGUAGAAUAAAAUUACAUGUACAUACAAUCCACCAAUAUAUUAUUUGGAACAACAAAAAAAAUAUAA